AUGACAGUUUACAAAUGCCAUGGCAACGACCCGGAAGUUACUGCCUCUUUCCCUGACGACAAAUUUUGGCAUCCCACCAACAGCCUGACCCUAAGCGCUAUCUCGGAGCAGUAUGAAGAAGAGGCGAGAACGAACCCCGGACCGACCAAAGCCCGUGCGCCGCUGCAUCCGGCGUCCAGCACCUACGUCCCGCGUCCAGCACCUACGUCCCGCGUCCAGCACCUACGUCCCGCCGCCGUCGCCGCAGCCACCAUACCCAAGAGAAAGGCUGAAGGAGAUGCUAAAGGAGAUGAACCCAAGGUGAAGGACGAACCACAGAGAAGAUCCGCGAGGUUGUCUCCUAAACCUGCUCCUCCAAAGCCAGAGCCCAGGCCUAAAAAGGCCUCUGCAAAGAAGGGAGAGAAGGUACCCAAAGGGAAAAAGGAAAAAGCUGAUGCUGGCAAGGAGGGGAAUAACCCUGCAGAAAAUGGAGAUGCCAAAACAGACCAGGCACAGAAAGAUGAAGGUGCUGGAGAUGCCAAGUGAAGUGUAUGCAUUUUUGAUAACUGUGUACUUCUGGUGACUGUACAGUUUGAAAUACUA